AACAUUUUACACUUAUAGUUUUCGAGACAAUUACGAGGUAAAAGGCGCAAAACGCGCUUCUCUCCUUGAUCGAUAACUAAACGACGGAGGAUUUUCCAUCGAGAGGUUUAAAAGGAUUAAUGCCAGAUAUCGAGGGGGAGGGAGAUAUCUCGUAUCGCUCUCGCUCAAUACCGUGUCCACAUGUCGAAAUCCGAUUGCACAAGUAUUAGUCGCGGUCUUAUCACGGAGCGGAAACGUACAUCGAUUUGAAACGUAUCGCUGAUAACGUAUUUUCGCACGAGCUCCUAUUUUCGACGAAUAAUACGAUAAUUCUCGUACUCCUCGAGAAAUACAGAUUCCUACGGAAAAUCCGGCAUAUUACCUUCGAUAACCUAAGAGAGAAUCGACGGCGGUUAGAAUGGUUUUCCACAAUGUCACUCAUUGCAUCUUCGACAUGGACGGUUUGUUACUGGAUACAGAAUCCCUGUACACAAAGGCGUACAACUGUGUCACUCAGGAAUACGGGAAAACAUAUGGCUGGGAGCACAAGGCGAAGAUUAUGGGUUAUAAAAGUGCCCAGGCACUGCAGCUGAUAAUAGACAUGCUAGAGCUGCCGAUUACGGUGCAAACUUUCGAGGACAAGCUCGCUCCUAUAUACCAAAAAUUAUUUCCCCAAUGUAAUCUUAUGCCAGGCGCGGAGAGGUUGCUGCAGCAUCUUAAAAAGAAUAACAUACCUAUCGCGCUAGCUACGAGCUCAAGUGAAGAGAGCAGCGAUUUGAAAACCCAGAAAUGGCAGUACUUAUUCGAUCUGUUCAACCACAAAGUGUACGGUGGUUCCGAUCCAGAGGUCACCCGCGGAAAGCCACAUCCAGAUACAUUCUUGAUUGCCGCGAAACGUUUCCCCGAUAAUCCCGAUCCUUUAAAGUGCCUAGUCUUUGAGGAUUCACCAAACGGAGUGCAGGGUGCUGUCGCUGCUAACAUGCAAGUGGUAAUGGUGCCAGAUCCUCAGCUUCCCAAACACCUCAUCAAGGAUGCAACGUUGGUUUUAAAAAGUUUGGAAGAUUUCAAACCGGAGGACUUCGGACUACCGCCAUUCGCAGCAUAAAAUUAUUUGCCUUAGCUCGCAAAAGAGAAUAUUAGACGUAUUAGAAUUGAAUGAAUUACGAAUGAAGCGAAUAGUUGUUGACGAAAGACAAAAAGCCUGCAGGCAGGUUUUCCGUAGCACUGAUAAACUCUGACUGAUGUAUAUAGAUUUGAUUUAAAAAAAAAAAGAUAAUAUGAGUAUUAUGUUCUGGAGAUGUAUAUUUUCAUACAACAGGGGAGUUAUCACUGCCUGAAAUCGAGAACUUACAUACAGCUGCACAUCUCAUACAAAAGAUCUCUGUGCCAUAGAUAUCUGUGUUUAUUAAUAGCCGGUGAAGAGUUCCAGUUACAUAGAUAUAUAUAUAUUAAUUAAAUAUAUCUAUUGGCAUAGAUAUAUUCAUAUAUAUGUGGAUCAUAUCUAUUGAUUAUAUUAUUAAGUUUUAUCAUUAUUUGUUUUGAUAUUUUUCUCUUAAUUUUAAGUUGAACUGUAAAGAGAGUAUUGCAGAAUAUGUUUAAUCUACAUAUAUAAAAAGUACAGAAAAAGUAAAUAUUUUUUCAUUACAAAAUGAUAA